GACAAUCAGAGGCAGGCAGAGGGUGUUUCUCCACGGCAUCCCAGCCAGGGACAGCUGACUGGUUGGGAUCUAAUUGCUCUCAAGUGAGGUCAGCAAGAGGCAUUUAUCUAAGCAGAGUGCACAGCGACAGUGGAAGAUGCACAGCGUCAGCCUGCCAGCAUCAAGGAGACAUCCAUGGGAAUUGACAGAAGCUCCCAGCUCUUGCUUAGCUUUACUGCAUAACUGGGCUUGGUUUACAACAGCGACUACAGCGUUUGAACUUAAGAGCUUUCAAAUCAAAACUCUUGCUGAAAGGAAACACACCUUUGACAUCUCCUGUCAUCACUCAGAGCACAUUGACAUCCUGAAUAACAUUUCCUGAACUGGAUUAUGACAUCCCUUGUCAGACUAUACUCAAAAGAGGAAGACUAAAGAGAGACAUUAUCUCACAAAACUGUCACCUGUCUUUUUCUUCACACAAGUUUCCAGCUUCAAGCAACCCCAACCAGCUUCGCAAAAUUUUCUCCACUGUGCCGCAACAUCCCACUAGGACUCCCUGCUGCAGGAACAGGGAUCCGGAGGUCACAACACAAGGGUCAGAAUCAGGGGUCAGGGGGUCGCUGGGCUGAGGGAUAGCACACAGAUCUCUAUCUCACAUUUCAGUAUGUUGUUCAUUGAUCCCCACUGCAUUGUAUUAUAAUGCACAAAUGGAUGCUGACAUGGAACCUUCAAAAUCUGUUCUCGGGACUGUACCUGCAAGCAGUCUUCCUGUUCGGCAGUGUGUGUGUGGUCUACAGUGACUGCACUCCAGAGCAACUUGCCGCCAUCAUGAACUGCUCCAGACACGAGCGGCACACCAGGAACUAUGACUACAUGGAGGGAGGAGAUGUGCGCAUCCGACAGCUGUUCAGCCGCACGCAAUGGUUCCUAACAAUUGAUGACAAUGGCAACAUCAAUGGGACUCAAGAUCCUACCAACUGCCACAGCAUCCUGGAGAUCAGGACAGUGUCUGAGGGCGGAAUACUGGCUAUCAAGGGUGUGAAGAGUCAGUAUUAUAUCUCUAUGAACAAGGCUGGACAGCUGCAAGGCAAGAGGAUCUACAGUGAAAACUGCAACUUCAAGGAGGUUUUCCUAGAAAACUACUUCAAUGCUUACUCCUCUGCAAAGUGGACUAAAAAUGGAAAAGAAAUGUUCAUAGCCCUGUCACAGAAGGGAAGGCCAAUGCGAGGGAAGAAGACCAGGAGGGAGCACAUAGCAUCGCACUUCAUCCCGAUGAAGUGCAGGGAGGAGGAGAGGAGGGUGGAAUGAAAGAGCAGAGGACUAAUGAGUCGCAAACUGUGCAUGAUUUCAGUCACAUAUUUUAUACGUUAACAGACACAUAUAAACUCAUUACCAACAUCACCCGCCACUCUCCUCCAUUUGUAGAUUUGUGAUUACGUUCCAUAAUAUGCUGUAACUUCAAUAACAGUUAUUAGAUGGGCACAUUAAACUACCCCAAACAUCCUCAAAUAAGAUGCAAGAAAAUACUGAAAUAUUUGAAAAACUUCGACUGGUAUACAAACUGUAAAACCACUAAAGUCUAUUGAAUGUUAUUGUUACUUUGAGUUAAAUAUUACAUUUCCUCAUGAAACAGUUAUAUAAAAACAGUAAAAUGUAUUACGCACAGUCAGGACUGCAUCUUUUUCCAUAUAUGAUCUACACCAGGCCUGAUGAGGAGACCUGUAUAACCAGCAGAAAGGUCCAGAAAAGAGAUUUGGCCUGACCAAGAUUUGCUGGAGCAAGCUGGACUUGUCUUUUUUAAUGGUACAAGUGCUCAAAGCACACAAAACAGAACCACAGUGAAUUACAGCAGCAUAUUCAGUAAAAUGAGAGCACAAUCUGCUUGUGAACGAUCCAUUUGCAGCUGUCUGCCCUUCCUGCAUUGACAACUCUGGUCAAAUACAUUGUAGUUGUUCACUGAUUCCCUCUUCAUUAUCAAGGUGUGAUUUGAAAGUAUUCUGCUGCUGAAAAGAUUUCCAGAUUUUGGUGAACAACACGAUUAUGUAUGCUAUUCAGUCUCUUAGUUAAUAAUCUUGUACACUAAAAGAUCAUAUAUUUAUUUAUAAGAAGAUUAUGUUUGUUUGUGUUAAGACAUUCCCAUUUUUACUUAAUAUGACUAAGACAAAAAUGUACCCAAGAGGUCCAUUUAUAUUUUGCCACCAUUAAUCAAAUACUCAUUUCAAUCUCCAAGGCUGUCUUCUUUGCAUAUCAUUGCAAUGUCCCAAUACUGGUGACUGAUAUAUGUUAGAGUGUCCCUUUUCCUUAUAAUGUGCAUUACUCUACUUUACUGUGCAGUUGUUGAAGAGCAGUAUUAAAGGUCCAGUGAGUGGGAUUUAAGGGGCAGACUACAAUAUAAUAAUAAUUAUUAUUGUUGUAAUUAGCAUAUAAUCACGUGAAACUAUAAGAAUUGUUUCAUUAAUUUAGAAUAAGCCUUUUAUAACUACAGAAGGGAGUGAGUCCUCUGCCACAAAGCCCACCAUGUUGUGUUUUAGUGGCUGUCGUUGGGGGGGUGGGAGAUGGGGGGGGGCGGGGGGUUUAAAUUGUUACAUACCAUUAGAUCCCGCUAAUCCUACACAAUGGACCUUUAAAGAUCAAGUUUUUGACCACUAGGGCAUGUAAAAAACAAUCUCGCCGCACUAGCUUUUCAAGUUCCUUUUGGUUAACAUGUUAAAGAGCAAUUACCUAUCUAAACAUCCAGUAAAAAAACAGUAAAAUGAAGACGAAAAUGGUGUCAUUUUUCCAGUAUUCACAAGUAUUGUUUCCUGCGUUGGUCUGCUUUCAUUAACAACCACUCUGCAUGUCGGCAAGCCAUUAAUCCAUACCUGACACCUGGUGAUGUACAGCCCACAUCUGUGAGGACUGUUGAUUGGCGAGUAUUAGCGAGCCUUUAACAUUACGGAAAGUGUGUUUAUUUAGUGUUAGUGUAAAAUAAAAAAAAUAUAUAUAUAUAUUGCUUCAUGCAACUUCAGGAAGAAAAUCUGCAUGUGAACUAUGCCUUAACUGCACCACGUAUGAAACUAUGAAGCUGAGCAGCGAGCUCUGGAGCAAGGUGAAGAGAGAAUUGUAUUCUGUUGACACACUGUGAUUAAAAAUUCAACACACCCUCAAUAACUCAAUAAAUCAUAUUUAAGAAAUAAAUGUGUUUUUUAC